AUGACACAAGCAGUCUCAUUCGAUAUCACCCCUGAAAAGGAGGCUAGCAAACUCCAGUUCCUUCGCCGUCAGUUCUUCGGAGCUCCACCAGAGGUUUCGCGACACGAUGUCGACCUUAGCGGCAAGACUGCCGUUGUAACAGAGGCUAAUAGUGGUAUCGGCUUGGAAUGCGUGCGACAGCUCCUUGAUCUUGGCCUCAGCAAGCUCAUCAUCGUAGUUCGCGACGAGGUCAAAGGCGAGGCCGCUCGCAAGACUCUAACCGCCGCGAAAGCGCUCGAGCCUAAUCAGACUAUCGAGGUUUGGAAGCUAGACUAUGCGUCCUACGAGUCUGUUACAGCUUUUGCGCAACGGGCCGAUGAUCUUAGCCCCCGACUUGACAUUGCUAUCCUCAAUGCGGGAGUGAAUAGAGGCUCUUUUACUCUGAACCCGACGACAGGUCACGAGGAAGAUCUGCAGGUUAACUACUUUUCAACAGUCCUCCUGUUACUUCUUCUGCUUCGCAUCUUCAAGAAAACAAAAUCCACUACUAAACCCUCGCAUACUUCCCCAGGGCGUAUCGUAGUCGUGUCAUCCGACAUGGCCGCCUGGGCUAGAUUCGACGAAAAGAAUGAGGAACCAAUGUUAGAGGCAUUUGAUAUCAAGGAAACAUGGAAUAGAAAUGAACGCUACGCUACUACUAAGCUUCUAGGGCAGCUUUUCGUGGCUGAAAUAGCUAAGCGUGUGUCGCCGUCGCUGGCUAUCAUAAAUUGUGCUAGCCCAGGCCUUUGCUACGGCUUGGAGCUCGCCCGUGAGCAUGGUACGUUCACUGCUAUAUUUAUACGCUCUUUCGGCCGUUCGUCAGAUAUAGGCGCGUGUACGCUCGUAAAUGCUGCUGUUAAGCAGGACGAGAGAUCUCAUGGGCAGUAUGUAGAGGAUUGUACACUGAGGCCGUAA